UCAUUUCUGUCACUUGUGGCAUCUGUUGUUAAAAUUCUGUCACUUAUAGCAUCCUAUCAAAGAUGCCAUAAGUGACGGAAAAGAUGCUAUAAGUGACAGUCACUUAUGGCAUCACGCGAAAAAUACAUAAACAAACGAUUUCUUAGGUUGGCAGCACUUAGGCGUGGCCUGUGGUGGGGCGGUACUGGGCGGAGCUACUAUUUCGGUUCGCGACGCGUUCACCGGCCGGAAGAACCGUUGCGCAAUAAUCGUAACCGGUUUUUUUAUACGGGAUCACCGAGUUGGAGGUGGGUGCUGCAUCGCUGAAACAACUGAGCAUCGGCAUCCGCACCACCAUUUUGUGCUUCGUUGUCAGCGUUUUUAGACCGCGUGCGGGUGCAUUUUUUAUUAUUUCGUGUGUUUUGAGUGCUUUUUGGAAUGGAAAACGGGCGUGAUCAGUGCUCCCUGGACUGGAGGUUCGACCUGAGUCGUGUGAAGGACGCGAUACAGAAGGAUGAGUUGGACAAGAGGCGAUGCGCGAACGAGCGGCUGCCUGGUUUCAGUGCGGUGCUCCCUGGUUGUUUUUCUGCAGUGCAGAUUGGGAAAAUCGAGGGGUCCGGUUUGGGAAUGCGGCUCCCGGAAAGCCAGCAGGGCUACCGCGAUCUGAACCGGAGGUGCCGAGAAAGACAAAACCAAUAUCAUACCCUGGAUUCCAGGGUCCGGACAACGCACGAGGGCCGGCAUCUAUUUGUAUCGCGCCGUAGCAUUAGGAUGCACGAUUUGGCAAUGAUUCCGGCGUACGUAAAGGAUGCCGAAUCGGAACUGGAGUAUUCGUACGAAGAUCACCUGAAUCUGCUAGGGAUCGAAAAUUGGGUAUUCCGUGGGGAUCGAUCAAUGCUCUUGCCAAGGCAUGUCAGAGUCCAGACGGUGGCACGAGAGGUGCAGUAGUCAGUCUGAGACGUCCUGCCAGCAGCCGUGCCAAGGCUGGAGCACCUCUGGGGCAUGCUGCAGUGAGAGGCGGUUGCCCUGGGCGCCCUGCUAGCCGCCAAACACCUCGAAGCUGGCAGUUGGAGAGUGGUUGGCGACCGAGCUGGGUGGCGAAGGAGUUGUCUGCGUGUGGGG